CGGCUAGUUUUUGAUCAGGCACUUUGGCCAGCUAAAUGCACGAGUGAAUUGCGUUAACCUACAGCACGUCGCGCUAGCGGGUACGAGUACUAGUACCAUUGGCCAUCGCUCGUCCUCUCUUAUCGCAAUUGGCUUUCCACGGCAAACUACUUCUUCGUACUAGUGGUCGACAAGGUAAGAGCUUACAAUUCGCAACCACAGCAACAGGAACUUCGUUUGAUGUAUUCCCUGUGAGAGUUUUCAGGAAAUCCUUCAGGAAAAUAGAUUUCUGAAUGAAUCAAAAUGCGGUGAGCAAAUUGCUUGGCUUGUUGUGUCUUUGAUCCCAUGCUCUCCGGGUGCGAUGGGCACGAAUGACGCCUCCAGCAGCGUUCUUAGCACGACGGACCUUUUUCGUCCCCCCGCUACGACAGUGGCUAGACCGAUUCCGAUUCGGCUCUUGAAAAGGUCGGGUGGAGUAAGGGAGGUUCAGUUGCCGAAUGAGAAAACUCCCCAAAUACCCGGCACGGACGAUGUGUAUGUGCCGCACCUGCGGAAAGUAAUUCACGAACACCUCGUAGAGGAAGACGCAGCUGCUGCACCGCGGCACUGGUCUGGUGUGGCCCUUCACAAGAUCAAAACUUCCGCAACGGGCGACACAUCAUCGGAGAAGAAUCCGCUCAAAAUCCGACUGCAGGAGCUGGUCCCUGCGACGGGAACUGGUGGAUCCUUGGUACUGUUUCUUGUUCAGAAUGUUACACUACAUUUGCAAAACAAGAUACAAAGAAAAGUAAAAGCAGUAUAGUCCUUGUGCCCCGACCCGAUCAGGCAUGCGUUUGUUCUGACGCACAAUAUUCUCUCGCUGAUCAAAACAGCAUGGCAGAGCAGUAGAUGGAUAAAUUAUGAAGAUGAUGGCACCCAAGAAGGCCAAUGCGCCACGCUUAAGGAUCUUUGACAUGCAUCGAAAAACGUAUUUUACUAAUAUCAGAACGCGAUGGAAGUCGAUGGCGUUGACCAGCUUCCGCAGGCAUCGCAGCGCCUUGAGUUUCAAAUCAUCGAUGCGACUGCUGUACCAGACAGAGGCGCCACGGCGGCUGCUGUACCAGACAGAGGCGCCACGGCUCAGAAACAGCCUUGGGAAGCGACCACCCUCGGGAGCCACAUGUUGUGGGGAGCACCCGAGCUUUUGCAAGACUGCUUGAGCCUCGGUGGAGUCGACACACUGCAGCUGGAUUGCCGGGGCACUUUCAUAGACAGAGACGACGUCGCCCAGUGGACCGAAGAUUGGCCUGCAGAAAGGCAAAAAGAGUUUUUCAGCUACUUGGCGAUCAACUCCCAGCGCCCGGACCCAUGCGCGUCGCUUUUCCCAGCGGUAAAACGUUUCAAAAUCUUUCUGCACGCAUCUCAGGGGAAACACCGAAACGAAGCUUCCGAGGCCAUGGGUGAGGAGUAUGAACCCGACGGUGAGGAGCACGAGCAUUUUGUCUGGGACGCAAUCGGUACUGGUUUAGAAGGAUUUUUUCGCAAUGCACCGCAGCUGGAGGAACUCGAGAUUUAUUGGAACGGAAACGCGGACGAGCGACUGGAAGCUGAAGUCUGGCAGCCGCUAGCGCAGAACGAACUUGUUCCAGUGACACUGAGGAAACUCUUCGUCGCUGGGGGAAACUUAGCUGGGAUUGGCGCUGCUUUGGCGAAGCUUCGGGGCUUGCAGGAGCUCGCUGUGAUCGACGCGGCACGGGUGCAUCCUGAUGAUGACGAUGAAGUGGUGCCCUCGAAGAUAUUGGGAGCACCUCGAUGGGGCGUCCCAGUCGGCGAUACUGGCACGAACCCAAGAAAACACGCGCAACCCUUGCUAGAACGUGGCGUCGACGAAGUACGCAAAUUUCUGAAAAGCAACAGCUGUGAUUCCUUGCACACCCUCACGCUCACGCCCACUGUCUUGACGAGAAUGCGGCACAGCAUCGCGGAGUCCACUGCCCCCGCUUGGCGUUUCCGCAUCUGGGGUAUCUACGACCUAGACGUUUUUGAAGAUACUGUUGACGACUUGAAGUUUGUUCUGCUCAACAAGCCCGACGCCCAGCAGAUUGACCUGUGGUUCAUGGUCGACCAGGCCAUUGCUGGAUACGCAAUCCAGCAGCUCUUUUCCGAAAAAAACAUCUUGCUUCUGCAGAAACUGGGCGUCGUGCGGAUGUCGUUCAUCACUGAUAGGGAAAAUGACAAUAAAAGGGUGCUGCUGGCGUGGCUGCGUGAUCGAGAGCUAGACUUUCUUCCCACGUUUUUUCACCAGCAUUCUGCUUUGCCGUUACAACUAGACUUCGGAUUGGACGGGGUUGAGAGGAAAAAGUACCUAGCCACAGCAGACCCGGUUCUCGCAAAUUUACAGAGGGGAAGAAGCGCCACUAUGUCUGAUUGACUUUGCAUGUACACCGCUGCUGCAAUUCGCCGUACGCAGAGCAACAAACACGAAGAUGCUGUGUAUUUUAUUCCUGGUCACGAAGCAAUUGUAAAAGCGCGGCGCUUUCAGUCAGAAAACGAAUCGCAUCAAUGCUAGGAGGCGAUGAUGGUUGACAGGUGGGACGAAGCUUCCCUUCCAUACCAGCGAUUCGUGGAGCAGACGGAGUGUGAGUCUUAUCCUUUGCCAGAUCGGGUCCACUACGCUUGGUGA